UUAUGAGGUAUCCAUUAAAAAGGCAAUGGAUGCAGCGGCGCAACAGACCAAGGACAUCAUCGGGCGCGAGUUCGUGACGCCGUCGCCAGCUAAUGUGGUCGCCAAUGCGGCGGCCUUCGACCCUGUGGCGCUUGGUCUCGAGCCGGACUUUGUUCUCACCAACUACAGCGCACUUAAAGGCUGCGGCUGCAAACUCCCUCAGGCCAAGCUGCUGGGCUACCUAGACGACCUGGCUAAUGACCUCAAGCCGAAUGAGACGCCAGGAAUGGACUCAAGCGUAGUCAAGAUUUCACACGGCACAGAUCUGUAUCUGGUGUCCACCACCGAUUUUUUCUUCCCCUCGGUCGAGGAUCCAUAUGUACAGGGCAAGAUCGCCUGUGCCAACGUUCUGUCGGACGCCUACGCUAUGGGCGUCACCGAGGUGGACACCAUGCUCAUGAUUCUCGGUGUGUGUCGUGAUAUGAGCGAGAAACAGCGUGAUAUCGUCACCACUCAGAUGAUCCGUGGCUUCAACGACCUGGCCCGUCAGGCGCACACGAACGUCACAGGCGGACAGACCGUCAUGAACCCGUGGCCAAUUGUUGGCGGCGUCGCCAUGAGUGUACGCAGUGAGAGUCAGAUUAUUCGCCCGGAAAACGCGGCAGUGGGGGACGUGAUCAUUCUCACCAAGCCGCUCGGUACCCAGGUAGCUGUGAACCUUUUCCAGUGGAAGAAGAAGCCUGAGCGCUGGCAACGUGUGGAGAACAUCGUGACGCACGAAGACGCCGACGUAGCCUUCCAGAUGGCAUCCGAGUCCAUGAGCCGACUCAACCUCAACGCUGCCAAGAUGAUGCACAAGUACGGCGCACACUCGGCAACGGACGUGACGGGCUUUGGUAUUUUAGCCCACGCGCGCAACCAGGCCAAGUCGCAGUUGGGAGACGUGUCUUUCGAGAUCCACACGCUUCCGAUCAUCAAGACCAUGACCAAGGUGAACGAAGCCAUCGGCAAUUCCUUCAAACUGCUGGACGGAUUCGCGGCUGAAACGUCGGGUGGUCUGCUGCUUUGCUUGCCGGCCGAGAACGCCGACGCGUACAUCAAGGAGCUCCGAGAGUUGGAUGGCAAGCCGGCGUGGGUCGUUGGACGUGUUGUUGCUGGCCCGAAGGACGCGAACAUUGUGCCGAAUCCAACGAUCAUUGAAGUAUCACCGGAGGACUGAUUGAACUCACGAACUUAACGUUUGUUGAUCACUGGUAGAUACGAGUUCGACGAAUUCCGGUGGUGAUCUACAAGAACGCAAUAAACAACUUAAAUCCUAAUGGUCACUCCAAGCUGCGGUAUGAGCGUUGUGAAAGGACCCCUUUUACGUAUUGAAGAUCAUGCCGUGAAGUCAUGCAGUGAACUGGAACGGUAUUGUUCGUAACGUCUACCUUCCCGCAGAAAGAUCUGCCGAAACCUGUCGUGCAACCUCAACAGCACAAGGUGCACUUCAACCACGGCAAGGUUGGUAGUAUGCAGCAGAGCGAUCGGCAUUACCAUGUUUUUUCAAACCUUCCCUGGCGUGAGAUGCUUGCACCACAACAUCGAUCAAUAAGAGAGCCUGGAUCUUGAACAGUCAUCUUAUCCUUGCAGCUUUCAACAAUUUCAACGUGCUUUCAGUGGCAAGAGCGAGGACUCAUGUCCGUCAUCUUGGUGUGCUUGCCAAGCACUGCUUGGUGUGCUUAGUCCACUGUAGAUUAUUUCAGACGUCCAAAGAGCGUUUUAGGCUGCGGUAAUCAGUAUAACAAGUUAAUUAAACUAACAGUUAUUGGCUC